CAUAUACCCACCCAGAACUAAGGAAAAGUUGGAAUCUCUGACGUGCUCAACCCCAUCAAGUUCUCUCACAUGCCGGGCUACACUAGACAUCGGGAAUGAGAAAAUCCGUCUCCUCUGUGAUGGUCUCUUAUUUCUGUUGCCUACCUAUCACUGUUAUCCGACCCUUUAUCACAAGAACCCCCGAGGCCAUCAAGGAUUUUGAGCAAAAUGUCAUCAACGCCCUACGCUUCAUUCAAAAUGACAGGAUCCAUGUCGUUGAUCCCCCGGAGGCGCUAAUGAACUCCCCGGCAAAAGAAAGGAAACAAGGAAGAACGGGUCCUGUCCGAGGAAUAAUUUCAGGUAUAAUGGACGGCAUCAUCACCAUCACUCCAAUACCAGGACCAUGGCACAGACAAUACAAAAUCUCCCAUCCCACGGUCCAUCGUCCAUCGCCCAUCUCGUCAUCUAUCCAUCCCGUCCCAGCUCCAGGUCCCCAGUCUGCGCACAUCCCACAACGCCCGUAGCGACUUGUGCCGUGUCGUGUCAAUCAAGUGUCAAUCGCGUCCGUGGGAGACGAGAUAGAGAGAUUGAAGGACACCACAAGCGAGCCGACUAUCCCCUCGCACCGAGCGAGUUCUGUACGCAGACUCACGGCGUGUCCCAGAUCUAACCUCGGGCGUUCGCUCCCGUGGAACCGGCUUGUCGA